GUCGUCCAACCCUGAGCAGAGAGGCUGCCAUCUUUACUGCUGAAUCCCUAUUGACAUAAACAGCGGCAUGAAAAUAUUAUCCAUCACAAAUCCUCACAACGUGAAAUUAUUGCAGCACAUUGAUGAUGCACUAAACACGCGACUGACAGCUCACACGUGAACAACAAUCAUGGCAGUAGUGUGUUCUAAAGGAGACUGGUUUGUUUGUAGCUGUUCUACUUCUUUAGUUGCCAUAAACCUUAAACAGACGAGAGAGCCAUUUGUGUUUGACUGUGCUAAAGCCAAGAAGAGACCGAAGGAAGCUGAGGGUGGUAACACAAGUAGUGAAGGAGGACCAGAGGGGAUUGACAGUGAUAGGAUUCUUGCUUUUGCAGUCUCAGCCUCUGGGAAGCAUGUAGCACUCACAGAUGACCACAAACGUCUUGUUCUCUUCUGUACUGAGCCAUCCUGGCAGUGCAUUAGUACACGGUGGGUUGUGCGAAGAUGCACGUCUCUUGUAUUUACUCAGGCUGAAGAUGAAGUCUUUGUGGCUGAUAAGUCUGGUGAUGUAUAUACAUUCUCUGUUCUGGAGCCACAAAAACCAGGAGAGCUGAAGCUGGGACAUCUCUCUAUGUUAUUGGCUGUGACUCUUUCUACAGAUGAUAAGUACAUCAUAACAGCGGACAGAGAUGAGAAGAUCAGAGUAAGCUUCCGGCGGGCACCCUACAACAUUCAGGCUUUCUGCCUAGGGCACAGAGAAUUUGUCAGUGCAUUGCUUGUGCCUGCAGGGCAUCCUGACUUGCUUCUCUCUGGUUCAGGGGAUGGCACAAUGAAGGUCUGGCACUAUGAAACUGGUCGGCGGUUACAGAGCUUUGAUGUGAGGCAGCUUGGCAUUUUACAGACCUCUGAUGCAGAUACUGAAAAGAGGUUUGCGGUCAGCAGGAUUAUAAGCUCACCAGAUGGGCGACACGUUGCUGUGCAGUGUGAGAGAUUUCCCUCGGUUCAGCUCUUCCUGGUGGAUGCCGGGACAGAGGGCUGCCUAAACCCAGCUGAGACACUAGCUCUUCCUCUUGCCCCCUGGGACAUGACCUUUGAUGCACAAAACCAGCUUUGGCUCUUGCUGGAGAGUGAAGAUGUGAAUGUGCUUCUAUAUCGAUACUCAGAGCAGCACUGGAAGCUGUGUGACACAGAGACCCCUGAAUUGAAGAGGGCCACUAAAGCAUUACAGGCUCAGUGGAAUGUCUUUAAAGGUUUUGUGGGACUGGAGAGUCAGUUUAAGCACCUGUAUAAGGUGAACUUUGACAACAUGGCAUCAUAUUUGCAGAAGAAACAGGAAAGACUCGAACAGGAAAACAAGAAGAGAGCAGCAGCCAAAGGCACUAAACACAACAUAGAUGGAAAAAGGAGUAAAAAGGAGGGCAACCCUGUAUCUCAAAUGACCAGCUGAGGGAGUGCCUGUCU